UCGAAUGCAAUUUAGAAAUAUUUAUUCAGAAAAAUCACAUCAAUAUUUUAACAUUAAGCAACGAAUAGUUUAGUAAAACAUAUUCUCUUCUAGUGAGUAAUUGCAUGCUGCUUCUCCAACGGUGCCUCCAAUACCAAUGUAUUACCAACUACCUGAGCAGAAACAGAUAGCGGAUCAACUGUCUCUGGAAUCGCAUACGACUGACUGAACUCUGCAAAUGAACUCGACUUUCCAUAUUGACCACUCUUCUGCUUAUGAUGACGUCCACUAACCACAACACGAUUCGAAUCAACAUUCACACACAAGUCUUCAGGCUUGUACACUGGGUCCACUGGAACCUCAACAUGCAAUCGCUUGCCACCUGAACCAUCAUCCACAUACGACAGACCAUGAACACCUGGAAUGGAUAGGAAAAAAAUACAAAUGUUAUGAAAAUGCAACACAAGAAAACAAGAGUAACACACCCACCAGAUCAUUAUCAACACGCACAUGUUACAUCUAAGUCAAUCACAAGUCCUCUCACCUUUCGCAACAAGUGCUUGCGACGCAGGAACUGCCUUAAUCUGAUUGUCCGAUUUCGGUCGAACACCAACCUGACCAGACUCGUUCAGUGUCAACGACUGAUUCUGAUCAACCUUCACUGGAGCCUCCAACAUCAAAACACCAUCCUGAAACGGACAGACAAACAAACACACAGAACAAGAUGGAACGAAACUUCCAACUAUUCUAAAAUGAUUGGAAAUGCAAACAACUACAAAUACAACACACACAAAACCACCAGCAACCACAGUCGUCAACUCGACAACUUACAUCGGUCAUGCGACAUUUCAGUUGACUAUCAUCAAUACUCUUCGGCAGCUGCACCAUACGACAGAACUCCCGACUACACUUCCCACCAUCGGUCGUCGUCUCCUUCUUCGCGUGUACCGUCACACGGUUCUCACUCGACGUCACAUUGAUGUCCUGGGGAGCGAAACCUUGUGCAUCGAAUCGUACCUUGAAAUGUACCUACGCAAUAAACAACAACCAUAAUUACACUCGUCAAUCAACGGCUAUGUUCAAACCAACUGCACAAACCACUAAACACAACCUACCUGCUCGUCAGCACGGACUCACCUUGCCAUCCUCACCUAUUUCGUAGGCGUCCUUUAAAAAGUCACUCACUGAACCGGUCGACGGCACAUCCAUUGAACCCAUUCUCUCUCGUAUAUCCUGGAUAUGACGAUCCAUUUGGUGCAUUAAAGCGAAUGGAUUUUCCAAAAUCCCGUGGGUGAA